UGUUACUAAUGAGUUAGGAUACACUGCCAAUGCCAGAACAAAUGAUGACUUUGAGGAGUUUGAUUUGUUUAGUAGCGGCGGAGGCAUGGAGCUUGAAGGAGAUGAACCUCUCAGUUUUGGAAAGAAAAUUGGUAGUCUGGAUGUAGAUUCUAGUUAUUUUGGAGGUUUUAAAGGCAAGCUUCCUUUUGGUGAACAACCUUCUAGAACACUUUUUGUUAGAAACAUCAAUAGCAAUGUUGAAGAUUCUGAGCUAAAGGCUCUUUUUGAGCAAUAUGGAGACAUCCGCACCAUUUAUACGUCCUGCAAACAUCGUGGCUUUGUGAUGAUUUCUUACUAUGCUAGGGCAGCACAAAAUGCAAUGCAAGCACUCCAGAAUAGGUCGUUGAGAUCUAGGAAACUUGACAUUCAUUAUUCAAUUCCAAAGGGCAAUGCUCCUGAGAAGGAUAUAAGCCAUGGCACGCUAGUGCUAUCUGGUCUUGAUUCUUCUGUUUCAAAUGACGAGCUUCAACAUAUUUUUGGAUUUUAUGGAGAAAUAAAAGAAAUCUAUGAAUCUCCAGAAGUAAAUUAUAGAAAAAUUAUUGAAUUUUAUGAUGUGCGAGCUGCAGAAGCCGCUCUCCGUGCAUUAAACAGAAGUGACAUUGCUGGUAAGCAGAUCAAGCUUGAACCUGGCCAUCCUCGGGGAACAACAUGUCUGACGCAGGAGUCUCACAAUGGCCAAGAUGAACCUGAUUUUGGUCAAAGUCUUUGUGACAACUUGUCACUAAGACAGAGAGCAACAAUGUCUUCUGGAGUAAUUGCAUCUGGCUGCUUAGACAAUGGAUCUAAUCCAGGAUUUCGCCCUGCAAUGCAGCAACCUAUCACUCCGUUAAUUGAUAAUGCUUUCUCUCCUGUGAAUUCUAGCAUCCACAAAUCAGUGAGAGGGCCAACUUCUGGAAAAGUGCCCAGUGUUUGCGAGUCCAGUAACUUCCUUGAUGCAAUGAAAUUUGCCUCUCUUCCAAGAUUCCACCCUCAUUCCCUCCCUGAUUAUCAUGAAAGUUUUGCUAAUGGUAGUGCUUACAAUUUUUCAAGCAUUGUUGGCAAUGUGGCUGGCAAUAUCGGGACUGCAGUGACAGACAACUCAGAUAGCAGGCACAAUAAGGGAAUAGGUUCACCUGGGAAUCUGAUGGAAUUUACUGGAGCAGGAAAUGGGAACCAUCAACGUCAUGGACUUUAUCAUGUGUGGAACAACUCCAAUUUGCAUCAGGAACCUUCACCAAAUCCCAUGCUUUGGCAGAAAACACCAUCAUUUGUUAAUGGUGCUUGUGCUUCUGGCCUUCCACAAAUGCCUGGCUUUCCGAGAACACAGCCUCACAUGCUGAGAGCAUCACAUAUGGACCAUCAUGUUGGGUCAGCUCCUGUUAAUGCCUCACCCUGGGACAGGCAGCACUCUUAUUUGGGAGUGUCUCCUGAAACUUCUGGUUUUCGUAUGGGUUCUCUAGGAAGUGCUGGUGUACCUGGUAGCUGGCAAUUGCAUCCCCCAGAUUUUUCUUCUCACAACAUGUUCCCUCAUAUUGGUGGGAAUGGUGCAGAAUUGACGCCAACUGCUGGGCAAAACUCUCCUAAUCAGUUGUCACAUCUUUUCCCUGGGAGACAUCCCAUGAAUUCUAUGUCCAAACUUGAUUCCAGUGAACGAAUGAGGAGUCUGUAUCCCCUCCGGAAAAGUGAAGCUAACGCUAAUAAUGCUGAUAAAAAGCAAUAUGAACUUGACCUAGGCUGCAUAAUGCGUGGGGAAGACAGUCGAACAACUCUCAAUAAAAAUAUUCCCAACAAGUAUACUUCAAAGAUGCUUCUAGCUGCUAUAGAUGAGCAAUGUCGGGGAACUUAUGAUUUUCUAUAUUUGCCAAUUGACUUUAAGAACAAAUGUAAUGUUGGCUACGCAUUUAUUAAUAUGAUUGAUCCUGCUCAGAUUAUUCCAUUCCACCAGGCAUUUAAUGGGAAAAAAUGGGAGAAAUUUAAUAGUGAAAAGGUAGCCUCACUUGCAUAUGCCCGAAUUCAGGGCAAAGCUGCACUUAUUGCUCACUUCCAGAAUUCAAGCCUGAUGAAUGAAGACAAGCGUUGCCGUCCUAUUCUGUUCCACACGGAUGGCCCAAAUGCUGGUGAUCCGGAACCCUUCCCCAUGGGUACUAGUAUUAGAAUGAGGCCCGGAAAAUCUCGCGGCAGUAGCAAUAAUGAGGAGAAUCGCAGCCAGGGGAGUCCUUCAACUUUGGCAGGUGGAGAGGGACCUACUACUAAUGGAAUAGAUUCUUCAUUGAGCUCUUCAAAGAAUUCUGACUGACUUUGCCUCAGGCACUAGGCAUUCAAUCUUGCGCCAUGAAAUUCAGCUUGAAUCUGUAUAUUGCCUUUUUCUUUUUGUUGGAGGGAGAGUUAGACCAGGAAGUAAAGGGGGGCUCACAAAUUUUGCCUAUAGAGAAGAAGCCUUGCACAAGUUUUCAGAGGCUGAGGUACAUAUCCAGAAUGAAGUGACUGAUCGUAGUACUUUUUCUUUUUCUUGAAGUUUUGCAUGGAAUUCUGCAUCCAUCUUAUGGGGUUUAGAGAAUGAAUGGCUUAAUUGAAGCUCAAAAUUUUGGCUAGCUGUGAAGGGACACUGUCACAAUUCGCAGUAGUUCUUUUGAUACCAUAGUCGCCAUAGGGUUUCAAGGGGACUUUGCUGAUUUUGUUUUGGUUAUUUUGUCUCUCUGUUCUCAUGUAAAUUUGUUGUUAUACCCUCAGGCAUUGGUCUAUGGGACGAUUCCUGAGGGAGGUUUAAAUUGCUAUAUUUAAUUCGAUGGUGCUAUAUACUUUUUCUCAUAUAGUUAUUUCUCUUAAAAAUCUCCUUGAUUGUCUAUGUCUA